UUCUUUCUAUAACGCAUGCUCUCGGCCGGUGCCAUAGAGUCCUCUUCCUAGGAAAGCCCACGUGAAGGUUGACAUUUUGUGUGUUUUGUUUAAGGGGCUCCCAAAGACGGUUACCAUAAUAGAACUUAGAUUCUAAGACUUAGAACUUAGUGGGAGGCGAAACUGAUUGCUGCUGUUGCAUAUGUAGGCUGGUGGCCGUCCUUGUAGCUGAAAAAAAAACCCCUGUGAUCCACCCAGUUAUGGCUAGUACCUGGAUUUCUGGAAAUGAAGAAAGGAUUAAAUAUGUGCAGGGAGAUCUUUUUACUUGUCCAGAAACAGAUUCCUUGGCUCACUGUAUUAGUGAGGAUUGUCACAUGAGUGCUGGCAUAGCUGCUAUUUUUAAGAAGAAGUUUGGUGGUGUUCAGGAACUUCUGAAUCAACACAAGAAGACUGGAGAUGUGGCUAUUCUGAAGAGAGAAACUAGAUACAUAUAUUACUUGAUCUCAAAAAACAAAUAUUUUCAUAAACCUACAUAUGACAAUUUACGAAAGAGUUUAGAAGCUAUGAAAAUCCAUUGUCUGAAAAAUGCAGUAACUCACAUUUCUAUGCCAAAGAUUGGUUGUGGACUUGACCGUCUGGACUGGAAGAAAGUUUCAACAAUGCUGGAAGAAGUAUUUGAAGAUACCAAUAUUCAUAUUACAGUUUAUACUCUUUAAUUCCUAGUAGAAUUGUCUGUUCUGUUUGUUGUUAUAUCCUUGUAUCAGUAUCUUACCUGACAUAUGCUGAUAGUGUUAUCUUAAUUCUAGUGUUCACAAUUCUUUAAGUCCUUUUCUGCUCUACUCAAAUUUUUUUAAAAAAAGUCAAAAUGUACAUUCUAGUGUUCAGAUACUUAGUGUAUCUAUCUCCUAUUUAGCAAUUGGAAGAUGUUAUUUUAAGAAAAACACUCAACAAAACUGAUUUUUUUUUAUAUAGAUUGGCAAUCAUGUGGAAAAGAUUGGAAUAGGAUGGAAAGUUAUGUUUAAAUGUUUACCAAAAAUAAGAUGUUCACAUAUAUAAAUAAAAGACCUUUUCCAAAUAUGAGUUUUAUGUAUUUAUGUUUUUGAAAUACUGCAGUAUAUCAGUUGUACAUGAAACAUUAUUCGUGUCCACCCAGGUCCAUUGUUGAAAUGUAUUGAGGUGCUAUGUAAACAUUCCACGAACAAGUUUAUACACCUCAUAGAAUGCUGGAUCAGAUUUGCUUAGGUUGUGUCUUUAACAGAGUACAUAUUGCUAAAAUAGCAAAUGAGUGAUAGAUAAAUUAAUGUAGUGUGAAUAUGAAGGCAAUUUUUGACUAUCUCCAGGCCAAAUUUAUAAUAAAGAUGGAUAAUGGAAUAAAAAUCCUAUUUUAAAUCUCUCUGAAAGUGGCCUUUUCAAAUUAGAAGUGUAAUUGGGGACAACUUACUGAAAACUGGGCGUGUUUAGUGACAUUGUAUUCUUGUCAUUUGUUUAAUUUUAAAAAUAAUAAAAUAAAAAUGCUUUAAAUAAAUUUUGUAAGCAGCUGAGCCAGUAUUUAUUGGGAAAUUAUUUCUCAUUGAUUAAGAGAGACCAAACUGUUUUAUAAUGUACAUGCUAAUUAGUUCACAAGUGCAAAA